AUGCUUGGCCAGUCAAUCUCCUUCACCCUGACCAUGAUCUACAGCAAAGCAGCACUCGUAUUAGAGAAAAAGUUUUCUAAAACUUGCGAUAACUAUCCUACUUUUGCAAGCAGGGAGAACGCGGUAGCAGACAAAAGCAUAUCACCUGAAGGAAUGGAGUUUCCAGAGGAUUUUAAUCAACUGGAACUCCUGGACACACACGGACCUCUGAUCCCCCGUGGAAGCAGCAGCCUUUGGACUGGCAGUGAGGAGGAUGAAGAGGAGGAGGAUGAAGGGGGAGAGCGACCAGAGGAGUGGUUUCUGCACAAGGAAACCUCUCUCAAAGACAAACCCCAGGAGCUGAUGUUGUGGGCCGCAGAAAACAACAGACUCUCUACUGUCAGUCGUCUCUUGGCCACUGAUGUGACGCUUGUGCACUGCAGUGAUGAAGACGGCUACUCACCGUUGCACCGCGCAGCAUAUGAGGGCCAUGUAGACGUGGCCUCUGCCCUCCUUCAGGCCGGCGCCAAAGUGAACGCUCGCACUGCGGACUGCUGGACUCCGCUGCACAGUGCCUGCCGCUGGAGCAGAGUGUCCGUGGCCAGCCUCCUCCUGCAUCACGGGGCCCUGCUCAAUGCACAGACUAAUGGAGGACUGACGCCUCUCCACUUGGCUGCUUCAAACCCAGACUCUGCUCACACACUGGAGCUGCUCUUAUCCCAGCGGCACUUGAACGCAUCGCUUCGUAGCAGCAGUGGGGAGACAGCCAGCCAGGUGGCACAUCGCAGUGGGCCCCAUCACUACCUGUUUGAAAUGGCAGACGAGUGCAACAGCGUUAUACCGUUUCAGACAUCAACUAUUUAA